ACAGCAGGACGGGACCGAGGAGGCUCCGAGUCCCGACGCGGGCCGGGGCACGGUGCUUUGCCUCCUCCGGCCCCCGGGGACAAAGGGCUGCGGGCUGUUAAAAAGUGACUAAUGGAGAGCGAAGGAGGGGGGGUCGGGGGAGGCAGGUGAUGCAGCGGACCGAGGAGCUCCUGAAGGGCGCUUUCUCUGCAGGGCGGGAGGAGAAACCGCGCUGGAAUCUACAAGCAGCCAUUGGAGCCUACUAUGAUUUUGAGAGCCCAAAUAUCAAUGUUCCCUCCAUGUCCUUUGUUGAAGAUGUCACCAUAGGAGAAGGAGAGUCCAUCCCUCCUGACACCCAGUUUACAAAAACAUGGAGGAUACAAAACACAGGGACAGAGGCGUGGCCCCCAGGCGUUUGUCUGAAGUAUGUGGGGGGAGACCAGUUCGGCCAUGUAAACAUGGUGAUGGUCAGGUCCCUGGAGCCCCAGGAAAUUGCAGAUGUCAGUGUUCAGAUGUGCAGCCCCAGCACAGCAGGAAUGUAUCAGGGACAGUGGCGCAUGUGCACUGCCACAGGACUCUAUUACGGAGAUGUCAUCUGGGUGAUCCUGAGCGUGGAGGUUGGAGGACUUCUAGGAGUAACACAGCAGCUGUCGUCCUUUGAAACAGAGUUCAACACACAACCGCAUCGCAAGGUAGAAGGAAACUUUAACCCAUUCGCCUCUCCACAGAAGAACAGGCAACCAGAUGAAAACAACCUAAAAGACCCUGGGGGUUCCGAGCUAGGCACAAUCAGCAAAAACACAUGGGGGCCUGCUCCUGACCAAAUUGAACAAGAUCAGAAUGGACUGUCACAAAACUCUGUAAAUCUCUCCCCCAGCAGUCACUCGAACAACUUGUCGGUAGUGACAUACAGUAAGAACUUACAGAAAAGAGUUCCUGUUGAUUUGAGACCUGUUACUAGAUCUGGCAUUUAGUUCCCUCACCUGAGAAUGUAAAGAAGGGAAAAUGGAUUGUGUAGGUUUCCAUGGUCCUUAUCCCUUCGGACAGUCUUAAAACACAAAAGCAAAAACGGGUAUCGACAAGAGGAGAAUAUAACAAAGAACUGACUUAUGGGGGAAGAGAGGGGGAUUCAUGUGGCAGACAGACACAACGUGGAGUCCCCUUCUCUGCCUCCGUGUCCUGGAUAAAGAAGAAAACAAAACAAAAAUCCAAUAACUUAAGACUAGCUGUUUCCAGAGGAAAAUACAAAAUCUAAGUAUGCAUGUGUGAAUGCUGAAUUUCAGGAGUGUUUAAUGCUAUGAGAAAGAAAAUAUACCAACACCAUGGGUUUUUUUUUUUUAGAAGUCAUUCUCUCACGUAAUUAGGUAGCUUGAAAAGUUUAAAAAAAAUUAAAACAAAAAAGCCAUCUUUGGAAAAAAAAAAAAAAAAAGUAUGUUGCCUACAGAGCGGUUGUAGUUUGAGCAAAUGUUUAAUUUUGUUUGUUUCCUGUUCAUAUUUUUUUUAAAUAAGGGACAGCGUGCAUUUUUAUGGAACUGUCGUGUUUUGUUUGCUAUUGAACGGGAAUUUGCUUAGCAUCUUCUGGGGUUUGUGCAGUGACUUAUUUUUGUUGGACAUUUUUAAUGAGAGUGGGUCUUCACCCAGCUCUGUGUUUUAAUAGCACCUGCUGGUUUUAGUUACCAACUUUUUAAUCUUAUUCUUCUGUUUUUUUCCUUUUUGGUUUGGGUGUUGCUGUUAGUUGUCCUGCAUGUCACUGGAAACGGUGCUGAAACAAGGUCUCAGUAUCACAGUUGGAGAGAAGAUCUGGGACUGGGUUGAGGUAGCAUGGAGGGCUCAUUUCCCUUCCCCUUGUACAUGAAGUACUCGUAAAUAGGCACCCAUGUUAACAAAGAGAUUUAUUAAAGUUCCAGAGUUGUCCUAUGUGGCUAGCAUUUUAAAAUACCUUUCUGUUAACUCUUGAUGUACAGUAGCUGUGCUUAGAACAACCAAGCAAGCGUAUCAGUCUCGUGCCAAGAGGAAACUAUCUUUCUGUAAGCAUAAUUCAUUUUGACAGUAGUUGUAAAGCUUUACAAAAGUCAUGUCCUUUUAGUUUUGAAUCUUCCAUUGCUGUCUCUUAUGCAGAAUAAGUUUCAAUUCAUUUCUCUUGUGAUAAAGUAUUAGCUUAGCAAACAGAGGCUAAUUCAUUGCGCUUUUGAAUGUAGAGCAAGAGGUAGCAUCAUCAGCUGGAUUCCACUGUAUCGCCUUGUAUUCAUUCGCCUUCAUCUUACUGGCUUGUAGCUUUUUUGAGGCUCUCACCUUCUAAAUGGGCUUUCCAGGUCUUGCUUUUCAGAGGAUGAAUCGUUCCUCAGACACGGGUUGUUCUGCUGUUCCUCCAGUGUGUGUCCAUGGAAUUAUAGAUUGGGAAGUCCUGUGUGAGGAGGGGGAGAAGAGCUUUGAGGACUACAAUGGAUUUCUAAAGCACUGUAUCUGAAGUGCUGAAAGGGGGCAAGGUGAGGGGGCACUGUCUCUUCCUGAAACUUGAACAAGGCCAGGACAGCCAUCUGCCAAAGAUACAAUAAUAUGCAAAGCCCCUGCUACCUCCUUCCAGAUCUUUCCAGUGAGGUCUCCUUUCUCCUUUUUGAGAGCAGGGCAUGGGCCUACUGUGUGGUACGUGGCUUCAGGCUGAUUAUUCCUGAGCGGUUGUUUUUCCUUGCUUAGUUUUGAAUUCAUUCUCACUGUAGCUGCUGAGGACUCUUGUCUUAUUAGUGCAUACAGUUGGAUCUUUUAAAAGGACAGUGAGAGUUCCUUAUUUCUAAUAGAGGGAAAAAAUGGACCUUUGGGAAAACACUAAGACAUUGUAGCUCCAGGCAGACUAACUGGUUACUGUUAAUUCCAUGGAAACAGCUGAUGGAUUCUGUUUGUAUUUCAGAGGUUUGGUUGCUAAAGGUCACCGUAUUAUCUGAAGUCUCCCUUCAGACAUUUUCACAGGGAGAAACAAGUAAAAUGUAAGAAGUUAUCUGCAUGAGAAAAUUGGACUGCUUGCCAUUCGCACAUGUGUUUUGGCAAGCAAACCUGUGUCUAUCAUGGCAGUUUGCUAGAACUGGGUGAGCUGGUACAGAUGCAGAUUGAACUACUCUGAAAUGUAAAUGUGGAAGGUGGUGCUGCGCUGGCUAGUGCAGCUGUGGCGUUUGGUUCUUGUCCUGUAACAAUCUUUUUGUCCUGGAUAAGCUGUCUUCUCUCAGUAGCUGAAUCUAGGGAAUGACUUGCAUCACUGUAGCAUAGCAUGGGCAAAUGGGUUAAUUAUCUGCUCCCUCAUUUUUGAGCAGCUGGCUACUGUGACAAGCUCUAAAGGCAUGAAAACAUUCCUGACCAUCACAACUCCUAUAAUACUGCUACUUCCCUUCUGAAAGCAUUUAAAACACUGGAGACUGCUGUUUGUCCAAAUGAUGAGGUGAUUCUUCGUCUUUGUUAGCUCUUUUUAGCAACUGUGUAAAGUGUGUGUGGGGGGGGAAUUUCUGAGUUUGCAUACUAUAGCUGGUGCUGCAAUCUUUCGCCUUGUGUCAGCUGAAGCAGCUGAGAGACCCUUGAACUCAGAUACUCCUACUCUACCUUUUUUUCUGCUCCCAGGCAUGUAUGCUCCUCUCUUAUAUAAUGACUGCUACUUUGUGUUCCUGUGCUCCUACUACCAAGACUGAAUUUUCCUUUUCUUGAAAGAAGCUUGCAUGCACCCCAAGUUGUGUGCUUUCCCACUCAGAAGGCAUGCUUGUUCUGUGCAGAUUUGAAUUCACUCUCAAGUGUUUUCACUCUGUGGUGUCCUUUUGACACGGGUCACUUAUUCUGAGGUGUGAAGAAAGGCAGGGCCACAUCCGAGUUGCUGCUUAAAUCUGCAGCCGCUUGCUACUCACAGCUGUUCGCCAGGUAGUUGAGUGCAAGCACUCUUGUCUGUGGGAAUGACUGCCCUGCAGAUGAUUACAAAGUGCUCUGAAUGCUUUGAGGGUUGGGGUUACAAUCCCUGCUGUGACAGUGGAAGAAUGUUUAAAUUAGUGGUUACCCUCCUCUCUGCGUUUUUUGCUCUUGUAAAAACUGUUUCACAGAGGCCAAAGGUGGUUUUGUCUCUCCUGGUUUCUUGGAGCUUAGCGGUGCAGCCAGACCCAAAUUGCUCCUGCUGUCUGGUUUCCAACUUUUAAGAAGGGGGAUUUGAGCUAUAUGCAGAAAAGCUCUUCACAGAUGACUUCAGGGCCCUAUGAUUGCAUUGAUUUCUAUAGGACUGAUGCCUUGAGACUCGUGGAGUCUAACAUGGAGUACCUGAAGCAUGGCCUGAUUUUUCAGAAGUGCUGAAUGCCAAAUCUUUUGAGCAUAAGGCUUUGGGUGUGCAGCAGCUCAGGUAACUCAGUCCAGGUGAGUUAAGCACAUUGAACUCUCAGGCCUGUUGGAUAUGUGAGAAAAUCAUGACUGGGUUGGGACUGGUGAAGCAGUAGAAGAGGACAUGUUUCCCAAGUGAGGCUGGUGCUCCUGACUUGGGGAGGGAUGGGGCUGGUACCCAUUGGUAGAGGGGAUGUAGUCACAGGCUGCAGCUGGCUUCAGUCUCUUAAUAAUGCCAUCUGUCCUGAAGUCUUGAGAAGAAGGAGAGAUAGUGAGAUCUUCCUUUCCCUCUCCCUCUUAAAAAAGGAGAAAGAGCUCAUGCAGUACGCUUCUGAUGGUCUCUCAAAUAGAUCCUUGCGUCAAGCCUGAGCCGUUUAGGAUUUGGAGCUGUGUUAGCUAAGACGAUAUGAUCAGUGGUUGUCUGGCCACCCUGUCUCAGCCUAGGCAAGUUGGAGCAUGACAUACCUAGGACUAGCCCCAAACUGGCAAUGCCACACUAGGAGGAAGGAGGGCUGGAACCUGCUGCCCACAGCUCAGGAGAGUUGUAUCCAAACCCCUUGAGGGUUUGGAAGAUGCAGCCCUCCACAGAGGGGCAAGGGUGUGUAGUCUGAGAGCACAUGGGCAUGAGAGUAGCUGGAGUCUGCAGGAUUAGGAAAUGCACGCUGUCCCACGUCUGGGUUUCUGUUGUGUGUUUAUUUUUUUUUUUCUUGUAUGAGUGAGUGGGUGGUUCUGCAGCCUGUCUAUUCUCUCUGGGGGGAGUGCAUGUGUAGAACAGGAUGGUGUGUUGCCUCAUUGAGUCUGGGAGAAGUCCUAUGAUAGCACAUUGGGGAGUAAAAAAUAAAUAAAAGGAAGCUUUUUCCGUAAUGUAUAAAUGAAUAUUUGUAUGAUUAAAUUAACACAGAAAAACGUU